AUGGAGAACAAGGCUAUCAGUUUCUACAGUCGCUAUGAUUUGCUGCUACAUCCAGGAUCAGGGCAAGUGGUGCCCAAUCAUUAUCAGCACAUCUUGGCCUUUGCAUUUGCUGUCAAGGAGAUCAAUGAAAACCCUCAGAUCUUGCCCAAUCUCACCUUGGGCUUCCACAUCUAUGACAGCUAUUUCAAUGCACAGCAAACCUAUCAUGGCACAAUGCUGCUCUUGUUCACAAUGGAAAGCUUUGUCCCCAACUACACAUGUGACACGGAGAAAAACCUGAUGGCAAUUAUUGGGGGACUGGACCCUGAAACCUCACUUCACAUGGCAACUGUCUUGGAUACUUAUAAGAUUCCACAGCUCAUAUAUGGCCCUGCUCCAGUGACAAAUGACAAAAACCCAGGUCUUUCCUUCUACCAGAUGGUCCCUAAAGAAAUGGUUCAGUAUGCAGGGAUUCGCUCUUUGCUCCUGCAUUUUAGAUGGACAUGGAUUGGGGUCAUUGUUAUGGACACUGACACGGGAGAAAGAUUUGUGCAAACUGCACUCCCUUUCUUUUCUCGGAGUGGGAUCUGUUUUGCCUUCAUAGAAAAAAGCCGCACACUAACUUUUGUUGACAAAAUUGAAGACAUUCUGGAGCAGGGAGUGAAAAUCUAUGCUAAAGUAUUGAACAGCAGAGCUAAUGUUUUCAUGGCAUAUGGAGAAUCGUAUAGUGUUGCAUUUCUGAGAUGGCUGCCAAGUCUAUCAGAAGCAGAACAAGAGUCAAAUAUGUCAAAAGGUAAUGUGUGGAUAAUGACUGCCCAAAUGGAAUUCACAUCAUUUGUCUAUCAAAGGUCAUUGGAUAUAGAAAUAACCCAUGGGGCUCUGUCAUUCUCCACGCAUUCUAAUGAUCUGCCAGAAUUUCAACAGUUUAUUAAGAGGAGAAACCCUUCAAAUACAAUGGGGGAUGGUUUCAUCAGUUUCUUCUGGCAACAGGCCUUCAGUUGUGCAUUGCCAAAUCAAGGUGUGCAUGACAUUGGGGGUGAUCUCUGCACUGGGGAAGAGAAGCUGGAGAACCUUCCUGGGACUUUUUUUGAAAUGAGUAUGAAUGGUCACAGCUACAGCAUCUACAAUGCCGUCCAUGCAGUGGCCCAUGCUUUGCAUGCCAUGUCUUCAUCUAGAUGCAGACACAGGAAAAUUGGCAAUGGACAAGGACUGCAACCUCUGAAUCAAGAGCAGUGGCAGCUUCAUCAGUUUCUGAGAGACAUUUCAUUUAACAACAGUGCUGGGGAUGAGGUUUCCUUUGACCAGAAUAGGGAGUUGGAAGCUGGAUUUGAUGUGAUCAAUUGGAUUGUUUCUUCAAACCUCUCCUUUCAUAAAGUGAAAGUAGGCAUGCUGAAUCCCCAAGAUCCUUUGGGGCAAACAUUCACCAUCAAUGAUAAUGCCAUAACAUGGCACAGCUGGUUUAAUCAGGUUCCACCUAUUUCCAUUUGUACUGAGAGUUGCCACCCUGGUUCUAGCAAGAAAAUGAAGGAGGGAGAGCCAUUUUGCUGCUAUGAUUGCAUUCCAUGCCCAGAAGGGAAGAUUUCAAAAGAAAAGGACAUGAAUGACUGUAAUGCAUGUGUAGAUGAAGAGUACCCAAACAAAAACCAAGAUUUAUGCAUCCCAAAGGAUAUAACAUUCUUGUCUUAUGAAGAACCACUGGGGCUCUGUUUAGCUUGUCUCACCCUUUCAUGCUUUUUGACUGCAGUGCUGACGUUGGGAACAUUUCUGAAACACCACAACACUCCCAUUGUCAAAGCAAACAACCGGGACCUCACCUACGCUCUCCUCAUCUCCCUCCAGCUUUGCUUCCUUUGUGUUUUUCUAUUCAUUGGCCACCCUGAAAAGGUGACCUGCAUACUCCAGCAAACAGCUUUUGGCAUCAUCUUCGCAGUGGCUGUUUCUUGUGUGCUGGCAAAAACUAUUAUGGUGGUUCUGGCUUUCAUGGCUACUAAACCAGCUUCUCAGAUGAGGAACUGGAUGGGAAGAAAAUCGGCAAUGUAUGUUGUUCUUUCCUGUUCUCUUAUUCAAGCAGGAAUUUGUACCAUGUGGCUGUCAGCUUCUCCCCCAUUCCCAGACUUUGACAUGUACUCAUUCAAUGAAGAAAUUGUCCUGCGAUGUAAUGAGGGAUCCACAACCAUGUUUUAUUGUCUCCUGGGCUACCUUGGCUUCCUGGCCAUCAUCAGUUUCACUGUAGCUUUCCUUGCCAGGAAAUUGCCUGACAGUUUCAAUGAAGCCAAGUUCAUCACAUUCAGCAUGUUGGUCUUCUGCAGUGUUUGGUUGUCCUUUAUCCCAUCCUAUCUGAGCUCCAAGGGAAAAUACAUGGUGGCUGUGGAGAUAUUUUCAAUCUUAGCCUCCAGUGCUGGGCUUCUGGGUUGCAUCUUUUCCCCCAAAUGUUACAUUAUUUUGUUGAGGUCUGAGCUGAAUAACAGGGAACAUUUAAUAAGAAGUAAACAGAUUUAA